AUGGCUGGAUCACAAUUAAAACAGCUAAAAGCUGCGUUAAAAGAAAAGGGUCUAAUAGGUCAAACAAAUACUACUAGUAAAAAAUCAAAGGGCAAAACAUCAAGAAGAAAUGAAGUAAAUAGAGAUUUACAAAAACAAAAUUUACAAGAAAUUAGAAAUGGUUUUAAUAAAUUUGAUCAAAGAAUAAAUAGAACAAAACAUGAUAUAUCAAUAGCUACAAAGCAAGGAAUGGUUAAAAUUGGAUCAAAACAACAUAAUGAAUAUGCUGCUAAAAAUGGUGCAAUGCAAAAACAAAUUAAAUUACAAUAUGAAAUGGAAAAAAAAAGAAAAGGUAAAACUGGUGGUAUAUUGGAUAAAAGAUUUGGAGAAAAUAAUUCACAUUUAAGUCAAGAAGAAAAAAUGUUGGCAAGAUUUACAAGAGAAAGACAAAAUUCAGGAGGUAAAAAAAGAGGAAUAUAUUCAUUGGAGAGUGAUGAUGAUGAAAACAUGGAUUUUGAAGAGGAAAAUGAUAAUGGAGGAUUUCAAUUAACUCAUUCUGGACAAGCAUUAUCAUUAGAUGAUGAAGAAACUAUAAAAUAUGUUGAUGAAGAUUCAUUACCUAAUCAAGAAGAAACAGUGGAACAACCACCUAGAAAAAAAUCUAAAAAUGAAGUUAUGAAAGAAAUUAUUGCAAAAUCCAAAUUUUACAAACAACAAAGACAACAAACAUUUGCUAAACAACAAGAUCAAAUAGAUGAAUUAGAUGAAGAUUUUGGUGAUAUAAUGGAUGAUCUAAGACAAGUACAAACAAAAAUUCCAAAACAAACGCAGUUUUCAUCGAAAUCAAAUGAAGAAAUUGAAUAUGAUAAUAAAGUAAGAGAAUUAAAUUUUGAUAGAAGAGCAAAACCAGCAGAUAGAACAAAAACAAAUGAAGAAUUAAAUCAAGAACAUAAUGAAAAAUUAAAAAAAUUGGAACAAGAUAGAUUAAAAAGAAUGGAAGGGUUUAAUAAUGAUAGAGAAGCUGAAGGAGAUGAUUUGGAUGAUAAUGAUGGAUUUUGGGGAGGUGAUGAAAGUGAAAAUGAACAAGAUGGAUUUACUAUAAAGGGGGAUGAUGAAGAUUUAGAAGAGGAAGAGCAAUCGGAAGAAGAAGAAGUAAAUGGAAAUGGUAUUGUUGGAGGAAGACCUAAAAUCCCCAAAACUCUACCUAUAAUAAUGCCAUCAACAAUUGAAAAUUUCAUAGAACAAAUGUCAAACAUAGAACCUGAUCAACAAUCAAAUCAUAUAAAUAAAAUAUGUGAAACUUAUAAACCAAAUUUAGCACAAGAAAAUAAAGAAAAAAUGCAAAAUUUUGUAUCAAUUUUAUUUAAAUAUAUACUAUAUUUAUCAAAUAAAUUUGAAAAUUUUGAACCAUUUUUAAAAAUUUUAAAAAAUUUAUCCAAUUCAUAUAAUGAAGAAUUAGUUGAAAGUAUGAGAUUAUAUAUUUCGGAAAUUUCCAAUAGGAUUGAAAAUUUAAAACCAAGUGAUUUAAUAUUUUUUGUUAUUGUUUGUUAUUUAUUUUCAACUUCUGAUCAUUAUCAUUUAAUUGUAACUCCAAGUAUUAUAUUAAUGAAUCAAAUAUUAAGUUAUUUAAGUUUUCAUUUAAAUUCAAUAGAAAAAUUAGGUCAAGGAAUAUUUAUAAUAGAUGUGCUAUUAAAAUAUCAAAGAUUUUCAAAAAGAUUUGAUCCUGAAAUUUUAAAUUUCUUGGAGGUUUCAUUUUUAAAAUUAUGUCCUGAACCAAGAUUAUUAAAUCAAAAUGAUUUAUUAAUUUCAAAAAGAUAUAAAUUUAAUGAAUCUUUAAAUUUAUUAAAAACUACUAAAUUUAAUAUUAUUGAAUAUAAAGAACCAAUAAUUUCAAUCCGAGAUUUAUUUAAAGAACAUUCUCAGUCAUCUACUGAAUCAUUAGCAACAAAUUUGUUAGUUAAAUUAUGUUAUAUAAUGGAUAAAUGUAUUACAAUAUGGAAAGAUAACUCAUCAAUUAUAGAAAUUUUGAAAUCUUUUAUAUCAUUACAAAAACAUUUAAUUAAAUAUAUUUCAAUCCCAUCAAAUCAAUUCCUCCCUAAAUUUGAAAAAUUAUUAAAACAAUCAGAACUAUCAAGAAAACCUCUCACAUUACAAUCCCACAAACAAAUUUCAAUACCAUCAUUAACACCCAAAUUUGAAGAAAAUUUUAAUCCAGAUAAAAAAUCAUAUGACAUUAAUAAAACAAAUCAAGAAAUUUCAAAAUUAAAACAACAAUACAAGAAAGAACGCAAAAAUGCUCUUAAAGAUAUUAGAUUUGAGAAUAAAUUUAUUGCAAGAGAAUCUAUUGUUGAAAAAACCAAGAUGUAUGAUGAAUAUCAUAAAAAGAUGUCUAAUAUUGUUAAUACUAUUCAAUCUUCUGAAGGUAAUGAAAAAAAUCAAUAUGAAAGAGAGAAAAAACAAAGAAAACAACGUAAGUAA